CUAAUUCAUUCUGGAAGCGGCAGAAAACUCUUACAAUGACGCCACUCCUGUGUUGCUCAUGCAAGGUUACUUAAAAUCUCUUGUUUUCUCCAGUUUCCUUAUCAAGUACUUCUGGUACACCGCUCACCUUGUACGGGCAGCAAUGGCGAGGAUGAGUAAGUUAUCCCCCGCCACUGGCCCCUAUUUGAAGGCCCAGUCCAUGAUGUAAGAAUGCCCAUUUCCUGAACACUACCUUUCUGUUUUCCCGCGAUCAGCAGUCAAAAGCAGCGGUGACCCUGCUGCAAACUCUUCCCCUCGUACAAUCUCACCCUUGUCGUUCAUUUUUCACCUCAUCUGAGCACAAUGGCUCCCCUCAAGCUCAAUAGCAAGAAUCUGUCGCAAAUUGCGGCGGCAGGUGGCGCGCUGGUGAAGAUUCCAACAUACCAGCGCGGUCGCGCCGUCAAGGAGGGAAUCGUCCACAUUGGUGUUGGCGGUUUCCACCGGGCUCACCUGGCUGUCUACAUCGACCAGUUGAUGCAGAAGCAUGGUGUUACUGACUACGCCAUUUGCGGCGUGGGCUUGCAGCCCUUCGACUCCGCAAUGCGCGACGCGUUGGCCUCUCAGGACCACCUCUACACCCUCAUUGAGCGUUCGGCCAAGGGCAGCUUUGCCCACGUCAUUGGCAGCAUCAACUCUUACCUCUUUGCCCCUGAUAACCGCGAGGCCGUCAUCGCCAAGAUGGCACACCCGGACACGAAAAUUGUCUCCCUCACCAUCACCGAGAGCGGUUACUACUACAACGAGAACACACAUGAGCUGCAGAGUGAGCACCCGGACAUUCAGUUCGACCUCGACCCGGCCAACGAGAAGGCACCGCGUACCACCUUCGGCUUCCUCUACGCCGGCCUGACCCGGCGCUACCAGCAGGGUCUCAAGCCCUUCACCGUCAUGUCGUGCGACAACAUGCAGAAGAACGGAUCUAUCACCCGCCAUAUGCUCGAGUCGUUUGCCCGCCUGCGUAACCCCGAGGUUGCGGAAUGGAUUGCCGAGGAAGGCGCCUUCCCCAACGCCAUGGUCGACCGGAUCACACCUCAGACCUCAGAGAACGACAAAACGGCACUCGCAGAUAACUUCGGCAUUGUGGACUCAUGGCCCGUCGUCACGGAGCCCUUCACGCAGUGGGUGAUCGAGGAUCAGUUCUCCGACGGCCGCCCUCCAUUUGAGAAGGUUGGUGUCCAGGUUGUCAAGGAUGUCCACGCCGUGGAGCAGUUCGAGAAGCACAAGCUGCGCCUGCUCAACGGCAGCCACUCGGCCCUAGGCUACCCCGGUCAGCUGGCUGGCUUCAAGUACGUGCAUGAGGUCAUGGAGAACCCGCUGUUCCGCAAGUUCGUCUGGCAGAUGAUGCAGGAGGAGGUCAAGCCUCUCUUGCCUGAGAUUCCGGGCGUCAACAUCGACGAGUAUUGCAACACCCUCAUCGAACGCUUUACCAACCCCACCAUCAUGGACCAGCUGCCCCGUAUCUGUCUCAACGCUUCCGGCAAGAUUCCCCAGUUCAUCAUGCCCUCGAUUGCCGAGGCCAUCUGGGUUACUGGCCCGUUCCGCCGCCUGUGCUUCGUCGCCGCCGCUUGGUUCCACUACGUUAAGGGUGUCGACGACAGCGGCAAGCCCUUCGAGGUCGUCGACCCGAUGCGCGAGGAGCUCCAGGCCAAGGCUCGCGCCGGAGGCAACGACCCGUUCGAGCUGCUCACCAUCAAGAGUCUGUUCGGUGACGACCUGCGCAGCGACGAGCGGUUCCUCAAGGAGAUCACCACCGCUAUGAAUGACAUUGCCCGGGACGGCAUCAUGAAAACGCUUCCCAAGUACAUUGACUGAUUGCCCGGCUGAUGCUGUUAGAGCUGUUGGAUACCUGCGUUUUGCGAGCGAUAUUUUGUUUUGUAUAUUUCAUGAGUGAUUUGGAUAAAAGCACCACAUAGAGAAUAGAGAUGAUAGACUAGGUCCCCUAAUUCUCACUUUAUUGCGCAUCCUAUCAUUCUGGCCCGGGGGACCACCUCGGAAGAGUGCGCUUUUGAUGGAUUUGGUUGGAUUUGGUUGGGUUCUGGGUAUUUAUACACGGUUGCAGUAUAUAGGAGUUCUUUUACAACAUAAUAUUUUUAUCACCAU